AUGGCAGCCGUCUUGCAACCAAAGCUUCCAGGGGUCAAGAUGAAGGGCGAUGAUGAAAUUGUCGUCCAGGCCUAUGCCAAGCUGCUUCACGCCAAGGUUCCAGGCAAAGUCGCGAGGUCCUUGGUCGUGAUGUGGCGGAGAGGUUACCUAGACCAGCUGGAGCCCGCUCCGCCCGCUACCCCGGCGACCUCAGUCCCAGCCACCACAGCAGAAGGAGGUCAAGCUGAGACGGAGGAUCCCGCUGCCCUCGAGUUCUUGGAAGCCGAACUUGCCAAGCUCCAGGAGACCAGGCUCGAGGUGGCCCACGAGAUCUACAGGCGCAACCGCGAGGAAUAUACGAUUUCCAAGGCCCAGCUCCAGGACGAGCAGGAAAACGAAAGGCAGGCCACAGAGACGGAAUUCCAAGAAUUCCAAGAGUCAAUGGAAGAAGUCAAGGCGAACUCUGAUGCCGAAUGGGAGGAAAAAAUGAUAAAGGAGGUGGAGGAGAGGAGGGCCAAGAGGUCGAAGACGAGGAGUGACGACCUAAGCAGAACGCUGGUCGUCAAGCGCCAAGACCUCGACAGAGAGCUCUCCAAGCUCCAGGAAGCACACAUCUCCAGGUACGACCGGGACGUGAGGGACCAGUUGUCCAGGUUGAAGUUGGAAGUCUUCAAGUCCAAGGACCAGGACUUCACGACCAGGCUGGAGAUGGAGACCGAGAAGCUCCUCAAGCUUCUUCCACGCACUGAAGACAUGCUGGAAGCUAUGGACAACCUCAGGUCUCAAGCCGGUCUUCCCAAGUCCGACCGGUCCCAAGGUCCCCAGAGCCAUGAUCUUUUGGGUCUUGGCCAGGACCAAGUCGACCCGCCCCAGGAGCUUCCCCAGUUUGGCAGCCACCAAAAGCCCACCAGCAGCCACCAACACAACCCGGAGCAGACCACGGAGCAGCCCCCAGGCCCAGCAGACGGUACUGACAACACCGGCCAAGGGGAUGGCCAAGGGGAUGGCCAAGGGGAUGGCCAAGAGGAUGGCCAAGGGGAUGGCCAAGCGGAUGGCCAGAACCAGCAGGGGUGGACCAACUCCCCGAACCAAGGCGGCAACCAGGGCGGCAACCAGGGCCCAUGGAGCAACUACAACACGGGUGGCGACUACGUGGGCGACGCCGAUGAGAACUUCAUCCACGCAUUCGGCUGGGACUGCUUCGCCAAGUGCCGAAGCUGA